CCUGGCUCUUCCCGCUAGUGAAAGUAGGAGGAGCAGCAGCAUUAGCCAUGGAGAAGAUUUCAGUGUCCACAUUUCUGCUCCUGGUAGCAAUUUCUCACUCAAUGGCCAAAGAUAUCACACCCAAACCUGGGACAAAGAAGGAGGAAACUCAUCCCAAGCUGCCCCAGACCUUGUCGAGAGGCUGGGGUGAUAAACUUUUUUGGACACAGACAUACGAAGAAGCCUUAUACAAAACAAAGACCAGCAACAAGCCCUUGAUGAUUAUUCACCACUUGGAAGAGUGCCCACACAGUCAAGCUUUGAAGAAAGUAUUUGCAGAAAGUAAUGAGAUCCAGAAACUGGCUGAUAAAUUUAUUCUCCUCAAUCUAAUUUAUGAAACCACUGACAAGCACCUGUCCCCUGAUGGCCAGUAUGUGCCCCGGAUCAUGUUUGUGGACCCAUCCUUGACAGUUAGAGCAGAUAUUACCGGCAGAUACUCCAACCGACUCUACGCUUAUGAACCUGCUGAUAUCCCACUAUUGCUUGACAACAUGAAGAAAGCCCUGAAGUUGCUAAAGACGGAAUUGUAAAGACGAGAGCUGCACCUUUGUUCUCUCUCUGUUCAGCCUCGAAUGUUGGAGUAUUGAAGAGAUCAGGAAGAUUCUUGUUGAGAAACACAGAAACGCUGGUCUAUGUACAGAAUUAGGAUUAUGGCUUAAUGUUGCUACGGUAAUUUUGUGCUUCAUGUUAAAUGUAUUCGUUGAAAAACAGAAAGACAGAGCAUUCCAAAGCAGUAAGCCAUGAUUAUUUUUUUA